UACGUAGGGAGUAGCGGUUCCUACAUGGUGACAAUGGUUUUCCUCUAAAUUAAAGGCAUCCUUUAGUGUCUUCAGUAAACAUUAGACCACUCUGCACACGGGCCCGAGUGUGUGCGUGACGCUACAAGUUAAUUCUAGGGUUUAGGUUCCUACUGGAUUUCAUGUGAAGGAGGGCUUGAAGCAGAGCCCGCCCCUCGCUGGUCGCUUGCUUGCCUUGCUCGGUGAGAGAAGCCUCACACGUAAAUGAAACACGGAAUAGCCCAUUUUAGUGCCCUGCGGAACUUAAGAAGAGCGCAGCGGGGGGGAAGCCGUGCUCCUGAUCUGAGCGCCCGUAGCUCGCUGUUUAUCUCGAUGAUUUCUGUAAUUCAGCGGAGGACAGUCUUCAGUGGCGAUUGCCACUCAGUCGUAGGAGCAGAUCAGUUGAAAUCCGAGUCUAGACAGUGAAGUUAAACAGCUCGUUGCGAUGCCAGCCGCCGAUGCAGAGCCUGGCAUGGGCAGGGGGACGACGGCUGCAGCACCGGCCUCACCGAGCCAGCUCCCCGGUGAACGCGCAGUCAGUGUGCUGUGGUCGUUUGGAAAAUGCCUGGGUGCUCUCCUACCGGUGUACCUGGCCGGAUAUUAUGGCUUCAGCAUCAGCGUAGUCCUGUUCGGUCUAAUGAUCUACAUGGGAUGGAAACACAGUCGACUGGAGAAAGUGAUGAGGCUCAAGUCUGCAAUGUACCUUCUGGAGAACGAGAGGAAAUUCACCACUGAAAGCGUGUUCAGAGCCAAGAGAGAUCUGCCUCCCUGGGUCAACUUUCCAGAUGUGGAAAAAGUGGAGUGGCUGAAUAAGAUUAUUCAGCAGGCUUGGCCCUUUGUUGGCCAGUAUUUGGAGAAGUUGCUGGUGGAAACCAUUGCUCCUGCCAUUCGUGCCUCCAGCAUUCAUCUGCAGACUCUUAGCUUCACCAAGGUUAACAUAGGAGACAAGGCUGUGAAGGUUGUUGGCGUAAAGGCUCACACAGAGCAUGAUAAGAGACAGGUUAUGUUGGAUUUGUAUCUGAGCUAUGCUGGCGAUGUGGAGGUCAACGUAGAAAUCAAAAAGUACUUUUGCAAAGCUGGCGUGAAAGGAGUCCAACUCCAUGGGAAGCUGCGUGUAAUCCUUGAGCCUCUGAUGGGAGACGUGCCGCUGGUUGGAGCCAUCACAAUGUUCUUCAUCCGCCGGCCUAAACUGGACAUCAACUGGACUGGACUGACUAACCUGUUAGAUAUCCCCGGGCUGAAUGCCAUGUCGGACACUAUGAUAAUGGAUGCAAUAGCCUCCCACCUGGUGCUCCCCAACCGUCUCACUGUUCCCUUGGUGGCCGACCUGCACGUUGCGCAGCUCCGAUCCCCUCUCCCAAGGGGAGUUGUGCGUAUCCACCUGCUGGAGGCUGAGGACCUGACUGCUAAAGAUACAGUCAUCAAGGGCUUAAUCGACGGGAAAUCAGACCCGUAUGCCGUUCUGCGUGUAGGAACCCAGAUCUUCACCUCUCAUCACGUGGACAGCAACCUGAACCCACAGUGGCGGGAGAUGUAUGAGGUGAUUGUCCAUGAAGUGCCUGGUCAGGAGUUGGAAGUGGAAGUAUUUGACAAAGACCCAGACCAGGAUGACUUCCUGGGGAGGGUCAAGGUGGAUCUUGAUAUUGUAAAGAAGGCCAGAGUUGUGGAUGAUUGGUUUAAUCUGAGGGACGUCCCAUCCGGCAGCGUUCACCUCCGGCUGGAGUGGCUCUCUCUGCUGUCCUCUGCUGACAGACUGAGUGAGGUGAUCCAGAAGAACCAGAACUUGACCAGCAAGACAGCUGAUCCUCCAUCGGCUGCCAUUCUGGCCAUCUAUCUCGAUCAAGCUCACGAACUGCCUAUGAGAAAAGGCAAUAAGGACCCAAGCCCAAUGGUGCAGAUUUCCAUUCAGGACACAACUAAAGAGAGCAAGACUUGCUAUGGGACCAACAACCCUGUGUGGGAGGAUGCCUUUACCUUCUUUAUUCAGGAUCCUCGAAAACAAGACAUUGACAUUCAAGUAAAAGAUGAUGACCGUGCUCUGUCCCUGGGCAGCCUGACCAUCCCUCUGAUCCGUGUUCUGGCGACCCCUGAACUCACCAUGGACCAGUGGUUUCAACUGGAGAAUUCUGGUUCUGCCAGCCGCAUCUUCAUCAAAAUUGUGCUUAGGGUUUUGUGGCUAAGUGACGAUGCCACUCCUACAACUCCUUCUCCUCGGCCCUCAGCUCCCGGGUCAGGGGUGGGUCAGGGGGGAAACACAUCAGAGCUGAACCUUAUGGGGCCCGGGGGAUUAGCUAAACCUCAACCAGCACGACCGCAGCACACCUCACCUGACCCAGAGUUUGCAACUGAGGGAGUGCUGCGUAUUCAUCUGGUGGAAGCCCAAAACCUGAUAGCGAAGGACAACUUCAUGGGGGGCAUGGUGAAGGGGAAGAGCGACCCCUACGUCAAGAUCCGCGUGGCUGGCAUCACUUACCGGAGCCACACCAUCAAAGAGAACCUCAAUCCCGUCUGGAAUGAACUCUACGAGGUGAUCUUGACCCAGCUUCCUGGUCAGGAGAUCCAGUUUGAGUUGUUUGACAAGGACAUCGAUCAGGAUGACUUUCUUGGGAGGUUUAAGCUCAACCUACGAGACAUCAUCAGCGCACAAUUCAUUGAUACGUGGUACACUCUGAAUGAUGUGAAGUCAGGCCGAGUUCACCUGGUGCUGGAGUGGCUGUCCAGAGUCUCCGACCUACCCAGACUGGAGCAGAUCCUGCAGUACCAGAACCAGCAGUCAUACCAGAACAAGGUUGUGCCAUCAGCAGCUGUGCUGUUUGUGUAUGUGGAGCGAGCCCAUGGCCUGCCGUUGAAGAAGAGUGGAAAGGAGCCAAAAGUGGGGGCUGAUGUUAUCCUCAAAAACAUUUCACACAGAACCAAGAUCUGUGAGCGGUCCACAUCCCCUCGAUGGGACGAAGCCUUUCACUUUUUGGUUCGAGACCCCAUGGAUGAAACACUCACAGUGAAGCUCUCCCACAGCUGGGGCCAGGCCCUUGGCUCCUUGUCACUUCCCCUCAGAGAGGUGUUGGCUGAGCCAGGUUUGGUGCUGGACCGCUGGUUCAGUCUGGAUGGAGCGCUUCCAGAAAGCCAGAUACUACUGAGGGUCAUGCUCAAGGUCCUGGACACUCAGCUGGCGGUGUGUCGUAGGCCUCCAGGGGAUGCAGAAAGUGACAUCAGCGGAGACAACGUCAUUCCCAGAUGGGUUCCUUCCCAUCUCGACAUCAGACAGAGAGGUGCAUUCUCCAUGCCUUGCGAUAACGCAGGGACAGCGGGCCAGGUGAAGCUUACCAUUGGCUACUCUGUAGAGGAAAACAGGCUUUUCAUCACCGUUCAUUCCUGCAGAGCCCUGGCAGCCUGCUCCAAGGACGGUGCAGACCCUUACGUUUCAUUCAUCCUGCUGCCUGACAAGAAGGCUACCACCAAGAGGAGAACCACCACCAAGAAGAGAGACCUCAACCCAGAAUUCAACGAGAGGUUUGACUUUGAUUUCUCACUGGAGGAGUCCAUACAGAGAAGACUGGACCUCUCUGUGAAGAACAGUGUCUCCUUCAUGAGCAGAGAGCGGGAGCUAAUUGGGAAGUUGCAGCUGGACCUGGACCAAAUUGACCUCAAGACUGGUGUCACACAAUGGUAUGAUUUGGUUGCAGAGACCAACUAGAGGAAUCGAUGCCUGUACUAUAUAACUUUAAGUGUUGCUUCUGUGAUCUGUGAUCGUGUCUUUGUAAAUUCAGCUUAAAUUUCGUCCAUCACUGAAGGAAAAAUGAAGACACAUCUGCUCCGUAAAAACACAUUCCAUCAGUAUUUAUGAGAAGAAACUUUACAUGUAGCUUAUCAUCCAUAAAGUGUUAACUGGGCUGAAUCCGUGUUGUCUUGGACAGAUUCUUCAGUAGAAUAUUUUGGCUGAAUAGCUAUUUCAUAAUAAAGCAGCUAUGUUGCACAACCUACCAAGUUUAUAUGCAUUCAAAAGCAUGUCAAAGUCCUCUUUGAAUUCUAUUUACAAAAGGGCUUAUGCUGAGGUUAAUAUCCUAAGGUGUAACAAUGUUUUACAGAUUUACAGCAUCCAGUACAACACAAAGAGUUUCCUUUAAAUUUAGUUUAAUUUUUUACAAUUUUCAAACAAUUCCGGGUUACUUUGUUUAUAUACGUUUAUAUUAUUGCCUUAAGUAUUACAAAACUGCGCACAAUUUGUGAGUGUUUAUGAAUUGUGUUCCAAAUGAAGUUUUAUAUGUUUUAACCAGUGCCCUCUUAAAGUUGCUUUUAUAUAUCAAAGUAUUGCGAACGCAGAUCCUCAUAUUUGCCACUGAAAACAGAGGUAGAUACUGUAAGAAAAGUCGGAAUCACUGUGCUUUUAUGAAGAGAAAACUUUGUAGAUACUGAAAACACAUCGCUGAUGUUCUCACACACAUGCUUCCUAGUGUUUGUAUGUGUUUGUAGCGCUGAAUGCACCAGGCUGAAGCCGUCAGCCAUGUUUAUACUUUAUUUGUCAGGCAAAAACAGUUCUGAGCUUAUGAGAAGCAAGCAAAUGGUGAAUGUUGUACACCAGCAGGAGGACAGCUUCUGCCACCCACCAACCUACCAAGCCAAAGGUUUGGACACUGAUGUGUCGUAAAGAAAAUAGCGCUUUAAGUGUGAACUGAAGAAAACUGCUGAACUUAGACAUUAUUUGAGAUGUGUCACAGUGUACCUGCGUAAGUUGUUGAUUAAAGUUUGCUCUCUCAUGAA